AUGAGUGGAGAACCAAGUGCCGCCAAGGCAGCUCCAGAGGCGUUGGUUGCCAAAUUCCAAAUCUGCAAAUUGCUGAAGCAAGAUCAAAAUGGCCGGCGCAUUGCUCUGCUUGGAACCAUUGACGAUCAGCAGGGCAUCUUGACCGCUGAACGCGCUGCCUUCGCCACCGAGUCUCUCGAGGUUAUCCAAGCAUUCCACGCCGCCAUCACCCGCGUCAAGAACCUAGGUGACAACGAUAUCUACCGGUGGUACCUCGCGUCGUCCAGCGGCAGCACACAAGCGACGGCCAGCCAGCAAGACCUCAAGCUGAACCUUAUCUGGCCGUGUACAACAAAGCACAUUAAGAAGUAUUCAGACCAGCAGCUUCGCAUGGUCACGGAGACACCCGAGAUCUACCAACAGCACGUACGUCCUUUCAUGCGGGCCAAGCGCGAAGAGGGGCAUCUCAAUUGGGUGUUUAAUAUAUUGGAGGGACGUACUGAGCAGGAAGAUGUGAUUCUGCGGGAUGCAGGUCACGGCCCUGAGGAUGCCUUCCUGAUGCUGCCGGAUCUCAACUGGGACCGGAAGACUAUGAACUCGCUGCACUUACUGGCGCUGGUGCAUCGACGCGAUAUCUGGAGUCUUCGAGAUCUUCAGAAGAAGCACAUUCCUUGGUUGAAGUAUCUGCGACAGCGUGUGCUGGAGGCUACGGUGAAGAUGUAUCCGGAUCUGGAAGAGGAUCAACUCAAGCUCUACGUCCACUAUCAACCCACUUACUAUCAUUUUCACAUUCAUGUUGUCAAUGUCAUGUUAGAGGCUGGUGCUACGCAGGCCACCGGCAAGGCAUUUGGGUUGGAAAACCUGAUCUCUCAAUUGGAGACUAUGUCUGGCAGUGAAGAUACUAGCAUUGCAGACGUUAGCUUGACUUACUACCUAGGCGAGGAGAGUGAGUUAUGGGCGGAUAUCUAUGCACCGUUGAAGAAGGGGCUUCGGCCGAAAGCUCAGUGA